CGUUCCACUGCGUCUGCACACUGGGCUUCUCCAGGAAGGAGCAACAAAGCUGCCAAAGUCAUCUGCUCGAAGCUCUAGCUGUGUGGUUGGAACGUGUCAUACGAAGCAGGAAGCCCGUUCUUCGACCAAAGCAGGGGCCCGGCUCACGCGGACGAUACAUGAUCAAGACCACAUCGCCACAAUGUGGCCUGGAUGCGGAUGCGGGCCGUGGAGGCCAUUGACUUCAUCGCUGCUCCCGCCGAAGCAGAGUCUGUUAUGUGCAUUCGUGCCGACAAGGCCGCUAUACCAGAGCUCGCGAAGAUGUCAAGGAGCUGCAGCAGCGGCUCAAGCACCGCGCAGUGAGCCGGCCGAGGAGCACGUUGAGGAGGUCAAGACUGUCCCGUAUGCCGAACUUACCAUUGGCGUGCCUCUCGAGGUUCGCACCGGCGAGAGGAGAGUUGCCAUCACGCCUCAGAAUGCAAAACUCCUGCUCAAGAAAGGCUUCAAGCAGAUCCUGGUCGAGCAUGGCGCGGGAUUCCAGGCUCAGUUCUCGGCCCACGAGUAUGAGGAAGCAGGCGCCACGAUGGUGAACGCCAGUCGAGUCUGGUUUGACAGCGACAUCAUAUUGAAAGUCCGGCCUCCCCGCCUGAGAAGUACCAUGGCAUCGCCCAACAACUUCCUUCAAGGAUUCAAGGCAGGCGGUGUGUUGAUCUCCAUUCUACAGCCGAAUCUUGAGAGGAACAAGAAGAUCGUAGAUGCCGCGGUCCAGAAGAAGAUCACCACCUUUGCUAUGGACCAGAUUCCUCGGAUCACGAGAGCGCAGACCUUUGAUGUUCUGUCCAGCAUGGCGAAUAUUGCUGGAUACAAGGCGGUGUUAGAAGCGAGUAACCACUUCGGCAGAUACUUGACUGGCCAGACCACGGCCGCAGGAAAGAUACCACCUGGCAAGGUUUUGGUCAUUGGAGCCGGUGUUGCUGGUCUCAGUGCCAUUGCUACGGCGAGACGAAUGGGAGCCAUCGUUCGUGGUUUCGAUACCAGAUCUGCGGCUCGCGAGCAAGUCCAAUCCCUCGGAGCAGAGUUCAUCGAAGUCGAGAUCAAAGAAGAUGGAUCCGGAGGUGGAGGCUACGCCAAGACCAUGUCUAAGGAGUUCAUCGAGGCGGAGAUGAAGCUUUUCAUGGAGCAGGCGAAGGACGUCGACAUCAUAAUCACUACCGCCCUGAUUCCUGGAAAGCCUGCACCGACUUUGAUCACCGAGGAGAUGGUCGCCGCUAUGAAGCCCGGAUCCGUGAUUGUUGACUUGGCUGCUGAGAAUGGAGGCAACUGCGAGGUCACAGUUCCUGGAGAACUUAUCCAUUAUCAGGGAGUCACUGUAAUCGGAUACACGGAUCUGCCAUCUCGAUUGCCAACUCAAGCUUCAACAUUGUACUCCAACAAUAUCACCAAGUUCCUGCUUUCGAUGUCGCCCAAGGAAGGUCAUUUCGGAAUCGACUUGAAUGACGAAGUGGUGAGAAGAUCUAUCGUCACUUACAAUGGUGAGCUUCUGCCGGCUCUCCCGCCUGUCGCUCCGCCUGCACCACCACCUGUCAAGGAGGAAGUCAAAGAGGAGGAAGUCGUUGCGCUUACUCCAUGGCAGAAGGCUGUUCGUGAAGUUGGAGUCGUUACUGGUGGCAUGACCACUGCGCUGGCACUCGGCAAGGCGACAGGUCCACUAUUCAUGAGCAACUUCUUCACCUUCGCUCUUGCAGGUCUGAUUGGCUAUCGGGUUGUCUGGGGCGUCGCUCCUGCUCUGCACUCACCUCUCAUGUCCGUCACCAACGCCAUCUCUGGCAUGGUCGGUAUUGGUGGCUUCUUCAUCAUGGGAGGAGGAUACUUGCCACAAACAGUGCCACAGGUGCUCGGUGCCGCCUCCGUUUUGCUGGCCUUUGUCAAUAUCACUGGAGGAUUCGUGAUCACGAAGCGCAUGCUGGACAUGUUCAGACGACCUACAGAUCCUCCUGAAUAUCCCUGGCUGUACGCUAUCCCGGGUGUCCUCUUCGGUGGUGGUUUCAUUGCUGCGACCACCACAGGCAUGGCCGGCCUGGUACAAGCUGGAUAUCUCGUCAGCUCAGUUCUCUGCAUUGGUUCAUUGACUGGCCUGGCCUCGCAGGUUACAGCAAGAUCUGGCAACCUGCUGGGUAUCUUGGGUGUCAGCUCUGGUGUUCUGGCCUCGCUAGCUGCAGUCGGGCUUCCCAUGGAAUCACUGAUUCAGCUCCUUGGUGUUGCAGGUAUCGGAAGCUUAGUCGGAGCGCUCAUCGGUCGUCGUAUCAGUCCAACUGAGCUACCCCAGACCGUGGCAGCACUGCAUUCCGUCGUCGGUCUCGCAGCAGUCUUGACUAGUAUCGGUGCCAUCAUGGCCUCUAUCAACCAUCUCGACAUGACGCAUAUGGUCUCCGGAUACCUCGGUGUCCUAAUCGGAGGCGUAACCUUCACCGGCUCAAUCGUCGCUUUCCUAAAACUCGCCGGCAAAAUGUCAUCUCGUCCAACAAUCCUCCCAGGCCGCCACCUCAUCAACGCCAGCAUGCUAACCGCAAACGUCGCAACAAUGGGCGCCUUCUGCGCCUUCGCCCCAGGAGCACCAGCCAUAGCAGUCGCCUGCCUCGGCGCCAACACUGCCCUCAGUUUCGCCAAAGGCUUCACAACCACCGCAGGAAUCGGCGGCGCAGACAUGCCCGUCGUCAUCACCGUCUUAAACGCCUACUCCGGCUUCGCCCUCGUAGCGGAAGGCUUCAUGCUAAACUCCCCCAUCCUCACAACCGUCGGCUCCCUCAUCGGCGUCUCCGGCUCAAUCCUAUCAUACAUAAUGUGCACAGCCAUGAACCGCAGCCUAACCAACGUCCUCUUCGGCGGAAUCUCCGCGCCCACAUCCACCGACCAAAAAAUCGAAGGCGAAAUCACAAAAACCACACUCGAAGAAACGGUCGAAACUCUACGCAAUGCCCAGAAAGUCGUCAUUGUCGUCGGCUACGGCAUGGCCGUCGCCAAAGCCCAAUAUCCCAUCGCGGAAAUCGUGAGUAUGUUGAGAAGUAUGGGCGUGGAAGUGAAAUUCGCAAUCCAUCCUGUGGCCGGAAGAAUGCCGGGACAAUGUAAUGUCCUCCUCGCCGAAGCCUCGGUUCCAUACGAUAUCGUUUUGGAAAUGGAUGAGAUCAAUGAAGAAGGUUUUGAUGAUGUGGAUUUGACGUUAGUCAUUGGGGCUAACGAUACUGUGAAUCCUAUUGCUUUGAGGAAGGAUAGUCCGAUUGCCGGGAUGCCGAUUAUUGAUGCGUACAAGUCGAAACAGGUCAUUGUGAUGAAACGGGGGAUGGGAUCUGGGUAUGCGGAUAUUCCGAAUCCUAUGUUCUUCCAGCCGAAUACGAAGAUGUUGUUUGGUGAUGCAAAGGCGACUUGUGAUGCUAUUCGGGCUGCUUUGGCGGAUGCACCGAAGUGAGAUUUUUAGGUAGUAGCUCAGAUAUUUGCAUGGCACUGUUAUAUUGGGUUGGGGUGUAUAUGGCGUAUGUUGAUCAUUUUGCAUUUGAUUUUGAGGGACAGCAAAUGGAGAGAGAUUGGAAGUCGAAAGCGGUGAAGAGGAAGCUUGAUAAAUGGAGUCAUGCACUUUCCGGUUC